AAGAGCGCAAGUGUAGGUAUUGGGACAGGGCCUUUGUAAACGUGGAAGGAGAAUCCUGCCGAAAAUUUCAAGUUUGUGGCCUUGCAAAGCAGCUGUGAAGACAUGCCUUCAAAUAAGAAGAAUACGAUUCCUGAUAGGGUGUCUAUUUACAAUGCCGUGUGUACCCUUAAGAUGGACAGAGUAUACAGCAGUGGGUAAACGGAUCUCAGGAACACGUUUUGUCGCCUUCAAAGUUCCCUUGAAACAGUCUUACAGAAAUCAGUUAUCACAGUCAGAAGUCUUUGGACCAUUUGAUCUUGUGCAUAUGUUAGAAAAGGAAGGCCAUGAAUUGGGUCUUAUUAUUGAUCUCACCUUCACAACUCGCUACUACAGACCAGAGGAUUUGCCAAGCAAGCUGCAAUACUUGAAAAUUUUUACAGCCGGGCAUGAAGUGCCGAACGAUGCCACGAUUCUCAGUUUCAAGAAAGCCGUAAGAAGGUUUCUGCGUGAGAAUGAAAACAAUGAUAAGCUGAUUGGUGUUCAUUGCACGCAUGGUUUGAAUCGCACUGGCUAUCUUGUUUGUCGAUAUCUCAUUGAUGUUGAUGGAAUAGAGCCUAGAAAAGCGAUUGAUUUGUUCAAUGCUUCAAGAGGACACUCAAUAGAGAGGCAGAACUAUAUUGAUGAUUUGAGUAGAGGGCCCAAGAGAAGUAAUGUAGGAAUCGAGGAACCAGACCAAGACCCCGCUCAGGGAUGUGCAAACUGGACACAAAAUGAUGUACCUCCUUAUCGAAGAGAACAGCAUAACAGUUACCCUCCUUUUAAUGGAUGGGGACCUCAUCCAUGGCGCAGAGAACCCCAGAACCAAUUUGUUCCGUUUCACCAGGAAAACAACGCAAUGCUGUUUGGACCACCCGAUCGAGUGCUUUACCAUCCACCCAUGGGCAUGAGACCAAUGAGACCCCCUCAUCCCAGCCAGAGUCCAAUGAGACCCCCUCGCCAAAGCUUUAGAGGAGGCUGCUUUGGCUCAACUGCCGCAUAUCCACCUCCACUGCCUGCCUACAGGUUUGGUGAGCCUUGCGAACUUCCCCCUCUAGAUGGAUAUAAGGGACCUGAAGGACCUCAUAGAAAACAUCGAAAUAAACAUAGGAAAGGGCCGAAAAAUAAGACUCCGUAUGGAGGAGACUUUCAGUAAUCAGGCUCACCUGUGCUACCAAAACUGCCUGGACUGUGCUGCUUUCUAAACACAAACUGACAUGGCUCUUGUUUAUUCAUUCUUUCUGGGGAGAAGCUGUUUAUUCUUAUGAAUUGAAUCUGGUCUUUCUUUAUUGGCCCUUGCUAGUUCACAGUACUAUAAGAUACGAUGCAUUGAUCAGAUUGGUUUUAUGUGUACCUGAUAUUCUGUCAUUUUAUCACAUCUUCAUUUAAUACGCAGUCUACAACACCUAAUUCCUUGAAUUCCUGUUGUCACCUGCCUUUAUUCCCUCGAAAACAAACCUUUGUUUUUAGCAUUAAAGUUAUUUCUGAGUAAACGAGGGCAGUUUUAUUAAUUUUAAUUGUGUAUUCAAGGCAUUUUGUGACCAGGCAGUUAGAGCUUGACCUCUGACUCUGUUGGCUAAAGUUGGACAUGCAUACCAUGGGUUUUAAAUCAAAUUAUAUAUCGCUGAAGUGCAACAAGUUGUUGUUUGUUUAUUUAUUUGGACAACUAUGCUGCAUGAGCCUUUAUUAUGCUUCAAGUUGGUUAGUCCAGUGUUUUAAGAGAGUCUGGCUGAGGCAUUACUAUAUUGAACUCCUUGGCGUAAAAAUAUAAAGAGGGUAGAAGUGCAAAAACUGAAAUAAUUACUCUAAAAGUUUUUUUUUUUAAAUGGGAUACAUAUAAGUAUAAGAAAUUAUUUGUUGUAACCAGGGGUUCAGUUUAGGGAUUUAAUUUAUUUAUCUUUUCUUUUACCUGAAUUUUUUUUAAAGUAUUUACAGUUAGUGCAGAAAAUAGUUCAAAUAUACAUAAAUGUGUGUGUGUGUGUGUGUGUGUGUGUAUGUAUAUGUAUACCUAUAUGGAUGUUAAUGUUGUUGCAUAACUCCACACAAAUGUAUCACUGUGCCUCAGCAGUUUUUUUGUUUGUUUUUUUAAAUCUGUAGAUCAGGAAAAUUGCAUUAUUGUUUAUGAAUUUUUAAGCAAAAAAGUAUAUUCAAUGUGCUUUUGCUGCAAAUUUUGAGGCUUUUUUGGUGACAUUGAUUCACAAAUCUAUCUGGUCUGAUCUGUUCACCCACAUUGAUGGUAUUUGUAAUGCCAACAUUUCCAGAGUAAGAGCAUUUUAAGUGCCUUAUUUAUGUCACUAAUAAUAUAGCUGGUUUUAAUAGUGAGGAAAGCAAAGAAAAAUCAUAUAAAUUCAUCUGUUU